AUCAACAACAGCAACAAUCAUCACCACAACAGCAACAACCAUCACCACCAGUACAACAGCCACAACAACAACAGGUUGGACCUACGAUGAUGGUCAACGUAGGUAACGUUUCCACCCAUUCAAGUAAUUCCCAUCGACGCAGCAAAGCACGAUUAACAUUACAAGCUAUGAUGUCUGACUCAUUAUCACUAUCAGAAGCAGCUCGUUUAGAAAUGGAAGCAUUACCUAAUAAAACACCUGUAUCGGUUCUUCAAGAACUACUUUCUCGCAGGGGUACAAUACCUAAAUAUGAAUUAGUUCAAGUGGAAGGUGUUAUACACGAACCAACGUUUCGUUAUAGAGUUACCGUUGGUGAUGUUAUUGCGAUGGGUACUGGCCGAUCUAAAAAAGAAGCUAAACAUGCUGCAGCUAAAGCAGUUUUAGAUAAUUUAAUUGGAACUAGUAAUGAGUCGUCAGAAUCUGCCAUUAUAAAAAGUUUGACAAAUCAAGCUAUGCAAGAUCUCGAAGGAUACGGUGAAGAAAAAGAUAUAGCCAAUCCAAUUGGAGUUUUGCAAGAGAUGUGCGUGUCUCGGCAUUUCCCACCGCCAAAAUAUACGAUGGAAAAUGAAGAGGGAUUGCCCCAUGAAAGAAAAUUUACUAUUGUUUGUUCAAUCAUGAGUUUACGCGAAUAUGGCCACGGUAAAAGUAAAAAAAUUGCGAAGAGGCAUGCGGCACAUAAAAUGUGGCGUCUUCUUAACGAAUCCGGCCCUUCAAUACUUUAUAAAACAGGAGAAGAGAAAGAAAAAGGUGUGAAAUUAAAUACCUAUUACUGUGACCUGAAAGGUAGCAAAGUUUCGACGUUAUCAUCGUCUCAUAGUCAUAAAGUUUCACAAUUUCACAAGAACCUCAAGGCUUCCCAAGGUGCAGUACUUGAUAAAUUACAGGAUACUUGUUUGAAUGAUGGAGAUAUAAAUUUGGUACAAUUCUUACAAGAGAUUGCUUCGGAACAACGUUUUGAAGUAACGUAUGUUGAUAUCGAAGAAAGGUCUGUUAAUGGUAAAUGCCAGUGCCUUGUACAAUUGUCCACAUUGCCAGUGGCAGUUUGCUAUGGUUGCGGUGUAACCAGUAACGAUGCUCAAGCCAGUGCUGCUCAAAACGCUCUUGAAUAUCUCAAGAUCAUGACCAAAAAGUGAGCCAGCGCUCUGCUCCUGCCAGC